CAUAAUACUGCUUGUACUCGUCAUCACUUGUUAUCUGACGACCAGUUGCCAGCAUAUCGCCGAGAAAGAUGAUGGCAUGAGGACGAAGACGAGAAGUCACACUCCAACUCUUCUUCAAUAAGGUCGUUGGUGAGCUGAAGCCAAACCAUGGCUUUGCGGACGUCGUCAAGGGAUUUCGUACUUGAGGAUCAGAUAUCAAUAGAAUAUGGGACGGCUUGCUUGUUAGGCUGGAGACCGGUUGCUUGCCAGUAAAUGCUUUGUCUGGCCAUUUACAAUCUGAAAGACUGUAAAAAUACACGCCGAAUUCGCACCAAAUGACAAUAACCGCCCAGACGAAACGGAGAGCUGGGAUGAUGACAUUUCGAGAACAAAGGCGGGAUUUCCUUCCCCGUCGUUCCAAGAGCGUACUCAUUGUCCUAUCACAGGACUACCAAAGCAAAGAACGACAAUGUUGGCGGGCUUGGAAACGAAAAUUUCAACGUUGGAGUAGACUUGCCGUAUAGUACGGUUAUGGAGACACU